UUCUGGAGCUUUGUUGGGCAGGGAAGGCUUCUGGAAUGUGGUGGUGGCUUGGAGUAAGCAGGGUCUCUUGCUCUUCUCCCACCCCACUGGACUGGGCCCACACCACCAAGGGACUCUGGGGCUGAGCCUAUUGGACCUCAGUCGGUGUUUUGUGUGGCACUGUGUUGAGUAUCCAGACCCCCAGGCUGAAUGAGGUGGGGUAGAGAAUGGAGUCUUGGGGUAUUGGAGGAGAAACCAGGCCCAUCCCAAGAGGAGCAGACCUGACCUAGAGUCACGGGCCCCACUCGAGACAGAGACCUGUCUACUGUCUUUGGCUAGCCCAAGGCCUAGUAUGAGCGGGAAUUCCUGGCCCUGCCCAUCAUAGGAGCAGGUAUGACAGCCAUGCGGGUGACACCAGGUCUAGGCACUUGGGCAAUCGACUCAACCAGGGUGGAUGGGCAGGCUGGCGGACAGGCAGACUGGCAGAAGGCCUCCCAAGGACCCUAGCCCUCCGCCCGCUCCCACCCCACCAUGGCCCGGGAAGCAGACCCAGCCGGCGUCAGGUCUGCUGUGGCCAGGGGGAGGAAGGGUUGGGUGUUCUUUGCCUGUGUCUCGGUGGUAACUGCCAGGCGACGGGCCAUUGCCCGCCGCACCACUGUCCGGAGCCUGGCACCUUUGCCAGCACCUUUGCCAGCCUCAGCAACAGAGAGCUCCACGCAGGAGAUUGGCGAGGAGCUGGUCAACGGGGUCAUUUACACCAUCUCCCUGCGCAAGGGGCCGGUGCACCAUGCCGCCAACAAAGGCCAGCGCUGGCUUGGGUAUGAAAAUGAGUCAGCCCUGAACCUGUAUGAGACCUGCAAGGUGAGGGCAGUCAAGGCAGGCACGCUGGAGAAGCUAGUGGAACACCUGGUGCCUGCCUUCCAGGGCAGCGACCUCUCCUACGUCACCAUCUUCCUGUGCACCUACCGAGCCUUCGCCACCACCCAGCAGGUCCUGGACCUGCUGUUCAAAAGGUACGGUAGAUGUGACGCCCUCACGGCCUCCUCUAGAUACGGAUGCAUCCUACCAUAUUCUGAUGAGGACGGCGGACCCGAGGACCAACUGAAAAAUGCCAUCUCCUCCAUUCUGGGCACCUGGCUGGACCAGUACUCUGAAGAUUUCUGUCAGCCCCCGGACUUCCCAUGCCUCAAGCAGCUGGUGGCCUAUGUGCAGCUCAAUAUGCCUGGUUCAGACCUGGAACGCCGUGCCGACCUUCUCCUUGCCCAGCUGGAGCACUCAGAACUCACUGAGACAGAGCCAGAGGCUCCAGCGCCAGUUCUACCUCCAGCUCCAGAGCUAGUGCCAGCUCCAGCACCAGCUCCAGAAAUAGAACCAGCUCCAGUACCAGGUUCAGCUCCAGAGUUAGAGCCAGCACCAGUUCUAGAGCUAGAGCCUGCUUCAGCUCCAGCUCUAGAACCAGCUCCAGCACCAGCUCCAGUUCCAGUUCACACUCCAGCUUCAGCCCUAGCUCUAUCUCCAGCUCCAGCUCCAGCUCUAUCCCCAGUUCCAGCUCCAGCUUCAGCCCCAGCCCCAGCUCCAGCUCCAGUUUCAGAGCUCGAGCCAGCACCAGCUUCAGCACCAGAGCCUUCCUGCCCAUCCCCUGUGACGACGGAGAAUGGGCUGAGUGAGGAGAAGCCUAACCUCCUAGCAUUCCCUCCAGAACUGGUGGCAGAGCAGUUUACACUGAUGGAUGCGGAGCUGUUCAAGAAGGUGGUGCCCUAUCACUGCCUGGGCUGUAUCUGGUCCCAGCGGGACAAGAAGGGCAAGGAGCACCUGGCACCCACCAUCCGCGCCACCGUCACCCAGUUCAACAGUGUGGCCAACUGUGUCAUCACCACGUGCCUGGGGGACCGGAACAUGAAGGCCACGGACAGGGCUAGGGUAGUGGAACACUGGAUCGAGGUGGCCAGGGAGUGCCGAAUCCUCAAGAAUUUCUCAUCUCUCCAUGCUGUCCUUUCCGCUCUGCAGAGCAACUCGAUUCACCGUCUGAAGAAGACGUGGGAAGAAGUUUCCAGGGAAAGCUUCCGAAUCUUUCAAAAGCUGUCUGAGAUCUUCUCAGAUGAGAACAACUACUCACUGAGUCGGGAGCUGCUCAUCAAGGAGGGGACUUCCAAGUUUGCCACCCUGGAGAUGAACACCAGGAGAGCCCAGAAGCGGCAGAGGGAGUUGGGUGUCAUCCAGGGCACCGUUCCCUACCUUGGCACGUUCCUCACUGACCUGGUGAUGCUGGACACAGCGAUGAAGGAUUAUCUGUAUGGGAGAAUGAUCAACUUCGAGAAGAGGAGGAAGGAAUUCGAAGUGAUUGCUCAGAUCAAGCUGCUCCAGUCAGCCUGCAACAAUUACAGCAUCGCCCCUGAGGAGCACUUCGUGGCCUGGUUCCGAGCCAUGGAGCGGCUCAGUGAGACUGAGAGUUACAACCUGUCCUGUGAACUGGAACCCCCUUCUGAAUCAGCCAGCAACACCCUCAAGGCCAAGAAGAACACGGCCAUUGUCAAGCGCUGGAGCGACCGCCAGGCCCCCAGCACAGAGCUCAGUACCAGCGGCAGCUGCCACUCCAAGUCCUGUGACCAGCUCAAGUGCGGCCCCUACCUCAGCAGUGGGGACACAGCCGAAGUGCUCAGCGUGCACUCUGCUGGCUCCUCCAGCUCCGACGUGGAAGAAAUCAACAUAAGCUUUGUCCCGGAGUCCCCUGACUGCCAGGAAAAGAAGUUCUGGGAGUCAGCCUCCCAGUCAUCCCCAGAGACCUCCGGCAUCAGCUCAGCCUCCAGUAGUACCUCGUCCUCCUCGGCCUCCACCACGCCCGUGGCCUCCACACGCACCCACAAGCGCUCUGUCUCAGGGGUCUGCAACUACAACUCCUCGCUGCCCCUCUACAACCAGCAGGUGGGCGACUGCUGCAUCAUCCGUGUCAGCCUGGACGUGGACAAUGGCAACAUGUACAAGAGCAUCCUGGUGACCAGCCAAGAUAAGGCUCCUACCGUGAUCCGCAAGGCCAUGGAUAAACACAACCUGGAUGACGAUGAGCCAGAUGACUACGAGCUGGUGCAGAUUAUCUCAGAGGAUCGAAAGCUGAAGAUCCCUGACAACGCCAACGUGUUCUAUGCCAUGAACUCUACCGCCAAUUAUGACUUUGUCCUAAAGAAGCGAACUUUCAUCAAGGAGGCAAAGGUCAAACACGGGGCCAGCUCAACCCUUCCACGGAUGAAGCAGAAGGGACUCAAGAUUGCCAAGGGCAUCUUCUAGCUAGGCCCUGGCACUGGCCAGCCACAGAGCUGCCCUCCCCAGGGUCUGGCUGGCCGGUUAGGGAAGCACUUACAGACUAGAGAGGCUCAGGGCAGGCAAGUGCCGCCCUCCCAACCUGCCAGCCCAGGCCACACUCAGACUCCAGUUUUACCACUCAACCUCUCCUGCUGCUGGGCAUGACGCCUGCCAGUUGACAGGCUGACCUGGACCCCCGUGGACCACUCGCUGCCUUAGGUGCCUUCUGCUCCCUGGGAACCAGAGGACUACCUUACCUUUGCCAAGGAGCACUGCCAAUGGGCGUGCUGCCCUGCCCACCGCUGGCCACUGCCCUGUGUACACAUCCCUCGCGCCUUUGUGGGUGUGGGUCACUGCCACCUGUGCCCAUGGGCACCCCAGACCACCCGCUUACCCACUGGGUCUGACCACUGCAGUUCUCUCCUCAUGCCCACGGACCUGCCUGUGACCUUCCCAGGGGUACGGCCCUGCCUCCCACCGCUCUAGCCUUUCUCAGGCUGCACCAAAGAUUCCAUCAUCAGGGCCAACCGAGAGUAAGGGAGUUUCGCCCGUCCCCCUACCCAGCCCUCCCCCGGGAGAGGAGAGACGGACCCUCUUCGUGGAUCACGCUCUUCACCCCGAGUGAGGAGGGGCCCAGCUGAGUCCCAUGGAUGUCAAAUCUCACUUCACUGCAAGUGCCACGCGCCGCUACUUCUGGGCUUUGGGACUGUGUGGGAUGGGGGCUAGUGGGGAGGGAGGGCUUGGGGGAAAGGGAGGAGGAGGGGGAUUGAAUAUUUGUAUAAAGGCAAAAAACAAUGUUUACCAAUUGGGGAGGGGCAAUAUUUAUUUGUUGUAAAUAGCAAAUGCUAGACUUGAAUAUUAUAUUAAAAUCCCAUUUCUACUACA